GUGCUGCGAAGUUCCUGCGAUGGUAAAGUUCCGCCGUGAUCUGAUCGCUGAAUGGCAGGCUCCCUGUCGCGAUGAUCCCGAUACCGCUGGUCGUGGUGGUGCUUGGAGGAUGGUGUGCUAUUUAUCUGGCUGACACGUUACUGACGUCCUCAAAGACAUACAAGAGCUCAUAUGAAGAAUGGCUUUCUACACUUGGACUCAGCAUCUCUCCGUUUCACAUCCGCUGGCAAACCACAAUUUUUAACCGGCUUUUUUAUAAAUUGGGAAGAUGGAAGCCCUACUUCCUAUAUAUAUGGUUCAGCUUGGGCAUGGUGUUUGGGAUCUUCGCCAUGUUUGGAUCCAUGAUUCUGUUAGGGAGGACACUGAUACAGACCCUACAUCAGAUGAUGACGGAUACCCCGGGGCCCCAGAAUGAUCGCAUGCUUCAAGUUGUGGUGCCCGGCGUAAACCUGCCCAUCAGCCAGCUGACAUACUUCUUCUCGGCGAUCCUGAUCAGUGGUGUCAUACAUGAGGUUGGGCACGGAGUGGCAGCCGUCAGAGAAACGGUGCGAUUUAAUGGGUUUGGCAUGUUCAUAUUUGUGUUGUACCCCGGGGCGUUUGUUGAUCUUUUCACUACUCACCUCCAGCUGGUUUCACCCAUUCAGCAGUUGCGGAUAUUUUGUGCAGGAGUCUGGCACAAUUUUAUCCUCGGCCUCCUGGGCAUCCUGAUAUUGUUUCCUCUCCCUGCAAUUCUUUAUCCAUUUUAUUACACGGGUGUCGGGGCCCUGGUGACAGAAGUUGUAGAGGACUCUCCAGCAAGUGGACCAAGAGGAUUGUUUGUUCGAGAUAUCAUUACCCAAAUUCAAGACUGUCCAGUGACAAGUGUGGAUGAUUGGCAUAAAUGCCUGAACGACAUCUCCUUGAAGCCCCAAACCGGCUUCUGCAUAAGUACUGCAAUUCUUCAGCAGCUGCAUUUCCCUAGCAGAGUGUACAGGCGGCUGGAUGGAUCUGUAGAGUGCUGCAGUAACAACAGUCUGUCUGACAUCUGCUUCUCCUACACUGGGAAUGGAUACAGUCAGCAGCAUGCUUGUCUGCCGGCAAGGAAAGCCAUACAGUCAAGUCCAGAAUGUCAGUCUAAUGCAGACUGUCAGAAGUCCUCUACGCCCAGUGUCUGCGCCAUUCCAUCCAUCGAGAAUCAGACGCGCCUCAUCAGAGUCAAGCAUCCUCCUCAACUAGAUAUGUUAUUUAUAGGAUAUCCUGCACACCUUGAGUAUGGAGUGAGCCUGAGCAGUUUCAUUCCCCGAUACAAGUUUCUCAGUGUCGACCUUCCAGUGGUAAUAGAGACCUUCUGCAAAUAUGUGAUUUCUCUCUCUGGGGCUUUGGCAGUAAUCAAUGCUGUCCCAUGCUUUGCACUGGAUGGACAAUGGAUCCUAAACUCGUUCCUCGAAGCUACGCUGACUUCUAUCAUAGUCGAGAAGGAGAACAGAGAACUUUUGGGUUUCUUCAUUCUUUUAGCGGGCAGUGUUCUUUUAACUGCUAAUGUGGCUCUGGGACUUUGGAUGGUGACAGCUCGGUAGCCAUUUUUUCUUUUUGGCAUCAAGCCUCUGGAACAUUGCAAUGAAUAAUCAUACUCAAUUUAAUGAGCUUGACUUUCAAAGAUCAUGCACUAUCCUUUGGUUUCUUUUUUUAUGUUAUUUUUCUUUUUAAAUGUUAUAUGACCAAAAUUGGAACGGUGUCUGAACAGAAACGUGCAGGCUCCAGUGAUGGGCACAGUGAAUGACAAGCUAGGAGCUUAGCUUCUAUGGUGUACUGGGAUAGUAACAAUGUGAGGGACCAGAGAAUGGAGGUCUGUGAUGGAGACAUACAGAAAAUGUAAUAUUGUGCAACACGAAAUCAAAAGAAACAGCUCCUUAAGAUCAGUACUAUCAUGAUGAUUAUUGCUGAGAAGACAGAAGAUAUCUUGUAAAGUCCUGCAUGCAUUCCAAGUGAUAAAUAGCAGACCACCAGGUGUCUGACUUCUGGGAUGCCCAGCAAUCCCGAAAUUGAAAGGUCCCUGACUCGACUAUGAAGUGAAACAGUGGUGCAAAUGUCUUUCCAUUGCUUCAUUUACUUCUAUGGGACUGGCGUAGACGGCGCUCUGUCAGUCCCAUAGAAGUGAAUGGAGUGGUGGUCCAACAUGCACACUAUCGCUCCAUUCAUGGAAGGGAUGUCGGGACUUUUCAUUCUUGAUCUUUUGAUCUGAUAUUUAUCUCCCCUUUAAGGAAAAAACAGGACUUGUAGAAACAUUCAUUAGAAAUCCAGUCAUUAGAGAGAGGCUCUGAACGUGCAAUCUAGCUUCUGUGUUCUGUCUUUUUGAGUAGAAUGACACUUUCUGUAUUAUUUCCAUGUUUAAAUCCAUGUUCACACUGUGCAGGU